UUAAUAACCAAUUAGGAGGGUCAUUCGGGCCCUUAUAAAGAGGGUAGGGCUUUGGCUGGAAGAAUUCUGGCAAGUCUUCUCUUUUGGAAGAGGUAGAGUUUGCCUAGUGGGCUCCACGGCUCAUACCCACCAGACGCUCAGGUUGAACGCUCAGGCAAGCGCUUGUGGUAGCUGUCUUGUGGCUUCUAAGUUACCUUGAAGUGCAAAGCAGAUCCAUGAUGGGCUCGGUGCUCCCUGCGGAAGCCCUGGUGCUGAAGGGUGGGUUGAACAAGCCCACCAUGUCCCUGACUGAGAUGAUCACCUCUGAUAUCCUACACAGCUUCCUCUAUGGGCGCUGGAGGAACGUCCUGGGCGAGCAACUUUUUGAAGAGAAGAACAACCACAGCAGUCCAAAAACUGCAUUCACAGCUGAGGUCCUGGCACAGUCCUUCUCGGGAGAGGUGCAAAAGCUUUCCAGUCUCGUCCUGCCAUCAGAAGUAAUCAUUGCCCAGAGCUCUAUCCCCGGUGAGGGGCUUGGCAUCUUCUCAAAGACCUGGAUUAAGGCCGGGACUGAGAUGGGACCGUUCACUGGCAGAGUUAUCUCUCCGGAGCAUGUGGACCUGUGCAAGAACAACAAUCUGAUGUGGGAGGUGUUCAAUGAAGAUAGCACAGUGCGUUAUUUCAUUGAUGCCAGCCAAGAAGACCACCGCAGCUGGAUGACUUAUAUCAAGUGUGCCCGCAAUGAGCAGGAGCAGAACCUGGAGGUGGUGCAAAUUGGGAAUAGCAUCUUCUACAAGGCCAUAGAGACAAUCCCUCCAGACCAAGAACUUUUGGUAUGGUAUAGCAACACACAAAGCACCUUCCUUGGCAUCCCUGGGGUCCCUGGAAUAGAAGAGGAACAAAAGAAAACUAAACAUGAUGAAUUUGGUGGUAUUGAUUCUUCUGGACCAGUCCUGAGCGGUCGAAUGCGCUGCGUCAUCUGUCACCGCGGCUUCAACUCCCGCAGUAAUUUACGCUCACACAUGAGAAUUCACACUCUGGACAAGCCCUUCGUAUGCCGCUUUUGCAACCGCCGCUUCAGCCAAUCUUCCACCUUGCGUAACCACGUCCGACUGCAUACUGGAGAGCGCCCUUACAAAUGCCAAGUAUGCCAAAGUGCCUACUCACAGCUAGCCGGCCUGAGAGCCCAUCAGAAGAGCGCACGGCACCGUCCACCAAACGGCUCCAUUCAAGCUCAUUCUCCAAACCUGCCCGUGCCACACCCGGCCUCUCUUGCUCACCACAUCCCCACCAUGGUCUUGUGAAGGUGGUCAUCAUUAAAAAAAAAAACUAAUUCAAAAGAGACAUCUUAUAGAUUGAUCCUGGGACUAAGGUGGUUUGCAGCACUGUUUUUUUUAUUUUUGUAGCUCAAACAUCUACCUACCUUCCACAAGUUUUUUUUACACACUACCAAAAAUGAUGGCAAAUAAAAAAAAUCAUGAGCGUUUGAAGU